AUGAGUGAGUUUUUCUUCUCACUUAAAAUCACAAAAUUCUCUCUAUUCAUAUCUACUUUGUCAUCGUUAGAUUUGAAACUCAUAAUUCAUUCACCUCUGGCUUAAUAUAAUGCGGGCCCUGAAAAAUCUGUGAAAAAAAAAUGACGAAACGGUUCCGAUUCUGUGAAGUUUUUUUUCGGCUUUCGCUAGUCAUGCAGGGAAUAUGUGAUUUUUUGCGAUACAUGUGUCCUUUCUAGACAUUCUUCUUUUGGAACUUUUUCUUUUUGGAGCUCCCAAAAGAAAAUGAAGCACUCUUUGCAGUCUAAUAUUUUGCAGAUGAGAGAUCCGUACAUCAAGCGACCAGCGGCGAAAAAAAGUUUGAUCUGACUUUUCCAUUCAGUGUGAAGUUGGGUGUUGUAGUGAGUCAUCAGAAGAAGAAGACUCGACGGGAGGAGCGUCGCCGGAUCGCUCCAUUAUGACGAAAAUCAAAAGUAUAGUGAGUGGAGUUGUUAUGUGAACUUCAGACUGUUUUGCCAUCUAAAUAAGCCUGUUCUUAGUUUUUGAUCCAAAAAAUUGGUAAACUUCUUCUUACGGCGUUUUCGAACUAAAGUUCUUAGCAGUCAGGCAAGAAGAAGGAAAUGACGUUCAAAUCGUGCUUCGCUGAAGAAAACAAGAGCAUGACGACCUACUUGGGACUCCUGCGAAACGUGUGCGACGACGUUUUUCUAAUAGUCAAGGUUUUAGAGUGGUUGAAGUUUGGACUCCUCAGCGGAAUAUAAUAAAAAUGAUGAGGAAACUUUCCAAAAUCUCAACGUCAAUUGAAAGACUAUUUUUUAAGUUUUUGAAAAUAAAAUUCAUAUUUUUUUACCACACAACAGGCAGUGGAAAAAAAAAACAUAUGAGACUAUUACGGAAAUUUCAAGGUCAGACUAUCAGUUUUGUUUCUUUUUUUCUAGAAAGUAUAUUUCAGCUUGUCUGAAAUUUUGCUUCAAAUCAGUCAGUUUUGCGAAUAGGAGUUAAUAGAGACGAUUUGCUAAUUGUUCAGCUGGUAUAGUCUGUGUGCCAAGACUUGGAAUUUCAGCGAACGAGAACGACAUUCCGCUGUUCCGCUGCGUCGCGAAGCGUCUUUGCCUCGGUGUCGCUUUGAAUUGGUUCUCUUUUCUGACAGAUGGACUGUUCCACUAGGAACGCGUUUCUGUCGAGUUAUUAGAUAAAAUAAUAAAUUAAAAACGCGACCGAGCAGGCAGCGGAACAGCGUAAUGUCGUUCGGUGAAAUUCCAAGUUGUGGUACACAGACUAUAGUAAAUAUUAUUUUUCGUCAUCUUCCUGAAACUUUCCUGAACGACUAAAAUUAGUCUUUUUCAGACUGAAAUUUUUUCUUCCCUAUCCGAAGCUUCUUAUAAAGCCUUAUUACAUCAAAUAAAGACAAAAUCAAUGAUAUCCUAGCGAGUUUCAGAUCUUUUCUUUUCUCAGAAAAAUGGUGGAAAAUAUUUUCUUUUUGUUGUAUACGGCCUCAAGUGGACUCUCGUUGUUCAAUUCAGAUCAGUUGAAGUUUAGAAGAAAGUUUUCAAUGAGUUUUGAAAAUGAUAUUCCCUUUAUAAGGAUGGUAGAAAAGUUUUUUUUGCAGGUGGGCAGAGUAGUUCCGAAAGAGCGAGAGCCGCCGUCGGUGGACGCGCCGAUGCCGAUGGUCAACAGCUGGCAAAUGGUCCGCCAGUGUCUCACUGCUUUCAAAGUCGGUCUUUGCGGGGACUUCGUGGCCGAAAGCACGGUUUUUUUUUUCAUUUUACAUUUGCAAUGGAAAGUUGAAAUUCGAAGUGAUUCUUUCUUUCAAGUUUGACUCGAUCUUAUAGGAGAAUUCAAACAUAUUCUGUGUCGUGAAAUAUGAAGCUUUCUAUCUUUCAUAAAAUUAGCUAGAAAAAAAAUUUUGAAAAAAAGUUGUAACAGAAAAGAAAACGCACUCAACUAGUAGAAAUGUUACAAAUAAUUUUGUAAUUUUGUUUAUACGAUGAUAAUUUUUACAAGUUGAAAACUGUGUUGGAACUUUAUAAAGUAAUUCUUUUUUUUUCUUUGAUUUUUUUUUUCGACUUAGCGAUACCUUCGAAUUUGCGAAUGCCUGGAUAGAAAAAUAAUGAACAAAUUUUGAAAAGAAAUAUGAAAACUGAUCUGUUGAACUUUCAGAAAAGAAUCGACGUCAUGUGUGAGAUGACUGCUGAUCUGGUCAACGUGGAGAAUAAAAUGCUCGGUGAUUUAGUUGCAAAACUUGGCGCUGAACAAGGAAUUGUUCAGAGAAGUUGAAGCAGGCGAACGACCCGGCCAGCGUGUACAAUAGCGUUCUUUCGGAACGAGUUAAGUUAGCUCAGAUCGAGCAAAACUUGGGCAUCUACUUGAGGACUACGAACUAUCGUCGCAAAAAAGUUUGAUUCAAUCGAAACUUUAAAAGGUUUUUUCAACUUCAGGUACAGCGAGCUCAGAUCAUCUACGAUUUGCGAGAUCAAGGCCGCAAAUAUAAAGCCGCCAUCGAAAAGUUGGAUCACGAGGUUUUUUGUGCAUUUACUCUGUCGGAAGUAAUAAAUGAAUUCAAAAAAAGCGAAACCGACAGCUUUUCAAUCAAUGUUUUUAGUGCUACGAAAUGUCAAAGUUUACUGGAUACCUAGCCUCCCAGGUCGACAAUCACUACAGUUCUUUGAUUGGAGUGGUCUGUUCUCGUUCUUUUUAUUCAAACGGCUUCAAAGAAUAAAACCCAUUGAGAAAAUUUUUCGAAAAAUGUAUUCGUUUUUCAAUGAAUCUUUGUCUCUUUUCAGCAUUUGCCCAUUUUGCAUGAGGUACACAUCCAAAGGUCCGAUGCUUUGGAGAAGUACGGCGACGCCAAAACAUCCUUGUGA